AUGUCUGGACAAGAUUAUAAACAGUUUUUGGGCAAUAGCAAGCUGCUUCUACCGGAACAACCUGUGCAUGAUGACUUCUUAGACGCAAUGGAAAAGGUGUUCCACUGGUCCUGUAUAUUCGGUAUAUUUGGUUCGAAGAGGUAUCUCAGUAUAUUGUGGAGUGCCCUCAUCCUGGUGUCGUUGGUGGUUAUCGAGUACUUGGCUAUCUGGAAGGUCAUUCGAGCACUGACUGGAGUGGCCCGGGACACGAGUGGACACCGAAGCAUAACAGCUCGGCUCGCAGGCACCAUAUUUUAUUCAAUAUCUAUAAUGUCACUAUUCGUUGCAUCGAAACUGUGGUACUAUUGGAGGAGUAGCAUAUCAGUAUUGUGGGCUAAAGUGGAGCGAUCAGUCGGUGUGAAGGUUCCUACUGAUAACACGUUGAAACGACGAAUGUAUCUAGUUUUCGGAUUAAUGACUUUCUGUUCUAUGUUUGAACAUGCUGUCAGUAUGGUUGCAUCAGUCGGACUAGACUGCCCACCGUCUUUAAUAAUGAAGCGAUAUGUGCUCGUCUCUCAUGGAUUCAUUUUUAUGGGACAGGACUACUCCGAAUGGUUUGCAAUGCCAUUAAUAAUAAUAAGUACGCUAGCCAGCCUGCUAUGGAACUUCCAAGAUCAGCUGAUAGUCCUCAUCAGCAUUGGCCUAACAUCUCGGUACUACAGGCUCAAUGGCUACGUUGCUAAAUUAUGUGAGCUAGAAAAACAUCAGACGGAGUUUAAUAAGAAAUCCGAAGCCCUAAAAGUGUACACGUGGCGUAAAAUCCGCGAGGCGUACGUUAAGCAAGCGAUGCUAGUGCGGCGGAUGGACGAAGCUCUCGGGGGCAUCAUCAUGCUGUCCUGCUCUUGCAACUUCUACUUCAUAUGCUUGCAAAUGUUCUUGGGAAUUACCCAAGGUCUAUCCACAGAUACAAUGACAGGAAUAUACUACGUGGUAUCACUGGCCUGGCUGUGUAUACGAGUGAUAAGUGUCGUGCUCUCCGCGUCCGGCGUGAACACACACUCCAAGACUGCCCUCAAGUACCUCUAUACUUAUGAAACACAGUGCUAUAAUGUUGAAGUAGAGAGGCUCCAAGACCAACUAACUAAAGAUUACAUCGCCCUCAGCGGAAUGGGAUUCUUCUAUCUAAACAAAACUAUUUUGUUACAGAUGGCCGGCGCAAUAAUAACUUAUGAAUUAAUAUUAAUUCAAUUUGAUGGACAGGGACAAAUAGAUGCGAAAACUACUCCCAGUAUUGAAUUAAACGUGACCAAUAUAUGA